CGUCUGAUUCAUUCUAAAGACCGCUGAUGAAGAAACGUCACCCAAUUCGACGGUUAAAUUGAGUAAAACUUUCUCAUUCAAAUAUGCAUUUUGUUUUGGAAUAGCUAAUCUCUUUGACCAUGAAGUUGGUUCAUAAAGACAUCGAGAAGGAUAAUGCCGGUCAGGUGACACUAAUACCUGAGGAAGCAGAGGACAUGUGGCACACCUACAACCUGCUGCAGGUGGGCGACAGCCUCAGAGCCUCAACCAUCAGGAAAGUGCAGACAGAGUCCUCCACGGGGAGUGUGGGCAGCUCACGUGUGCGCACCACACUAACUUUAUGUGUGGAGACGAUAGACUUUGAUUCCCAGGCCUGUCAGCUCAGAGUCAAAGGAACAAACAUCCAGGAGAACCAGUAUGUGAAGAUGGGUGCCUAUCAUACGAUUGAGCUGGAGCUCAACAGGAAGUUCACUCUCGCUAAAAAAGUCUGGGACAGUGUGGUGUUAGACAGAAUUGAGCAGGCAUGUGAUCCCGCUCAGAAAGCAGAUGUGGCUGCUGUUGUGAUGCAGGAAGGUCUGGCCAAUCUGGUUCUCGUGACUCCAGCCAUGACCUUACUAAGGGCGAAGGUUGAGGUCACCAUCCCCCGCAAGAGGAAAGGCAGUUGUACCCAACAUGACAAGGCAUUAGAGAGAUUUUAUGAAGCUGUCAUGCAGGGCAUUCUGAGACACUUCAGUUUUGAUGUGGUGAAGUGUGUUCUGGUGGCCAGUCCAGGAUUUGUGAAAGAUCAGUUCAUCUCGUACCUCUUUAAAGAGGCUGUGAGGCAAGACUGUAAACUUCUUCUGGAGAACAGAUCCAAAUUUAUGGUGGUGCACUCCUCAUCUGGACACAAAUAUUCACUCAAAGAAGUGCUGUGUGAUCCAGCAGUCACAGCCCGAUUGUCUGACACCAAGGCAGCUGGAGAGGUCAAGGCUUUGGAAGACUUUUACAAGAUGCUUCAACAGGAGCCUGAUCGAGCUUUCUAUGGGUUGGCUCAUGUGGAAAGAGCAAGUGAAGCUUUAGCCAUUGACAUCUUGAUGAUCAGUGACCAACUAUUUAGACAUCAAGACAUAGCCACCCGCAGCCGGUAUGUUCGGCUUGUAGACAACGUGAAGGAAAAUGGAGGAGAUGUCAGAAUAUUCUCAAGCCUACAUGUAUCUGGAGAUCAGUUGAAUCAGCUGAGUGGAGUGGCGGCCAUCCUGAGGUUCCCCAUCGCUGACGUGUCUGACACUGAGGAGGACAGCAGCUCUGAUGAAGACUGACAUCAUGCUCUUUUGCAAAAGGAUUUGACAUGAAAGGGUGGAACUGCUUCGCAGUUUGGAACUAAAGGGAAUGAGACUCAGUUAUGGCCUUACUAAAGGAUAUGAAAUCAGUUGAAACAUCACAAAACACCGGUAUAAUUAUGAUUAUUUGGGGUGGUUAUUAAGCAGGAAAGCUGAAGAAUGUUAUGAAGUACUGGAUGUAUAUUACUUUAUAAAUCCUUGUGUUAUAUCUUAUCAAGGAUGUAUAAUAACCCACAUUGCUAAGUGGAUACUCGGCAGUCUUUGAAACAAACAACACUUAAUUGUGAAUAAUUGCAAAUUAAUCUAGAGUCUUAAGGCAUUUCAGAACUGGAUUAUUUGCAUAGUUCCGACACUGGUACCUUAAUUGCAAUGCACUGGUUUCAGAAAAGAACAAUUUUGAAUGAGAAACAAACCAAACUAAGGAAGAAAAUGCAGGUUUCUAAACAAAUGCUCCAAACGAGCCAGGUUUGAAAACACCCAUAGUAAAUGUUCAACUGUGUCUCUAUAUGCGCUACACAGAAUAACACCCAUUGGUGUAAAUAGUCAAAUUCGUUUUCAGAGGUGAUUCGAUUCUAUUCAGAAAUUGCCAUGCAUAUUUUGCCAGCCCAUUGUCCAACAUCAUAGUUUGUUACAUACAGAAAUGGUGGCAAACAUACCUAAAUAGUCACACUUAAAAGGCCAGUGCCAAGCAUAAACACAAUGCUAUAAAUUCUAUUAAAAAUGUCACACUUUAGACUCCAAUAGCAAUACAAACUCAAGUUACAUAGCCAUGCAAGAGCUGUUUCCAGUCAAUCUUUAUCCUAGAUUUAAUGUAGCUUCUUUGAUGACGAUGACUCAUGUUUUAUGAUGCAUUCAAGUUAUGUAGGAAAGAUACUUUUUAUGAAUUUAAUGCACAUAAAUGAUAUCACAAAAUCGUAAUUAUGAGUGGGUAACUCAGAGCUUUUAUUUAGGCCCCGAGUUUUCGAGUUGGGGGCAUGUCAGUGAGAAAACAAGCUGGACAUAAUAGAUGCAGAAUCUAUAUCGACUAUAGAUUUGUUGAAAUCAAUUAAGUUAUAUUUCUUUUACAAUAAAAAUCUCCAGGGCUGGCCCAAGCCUUUAUGGGGCCCUAAGCAGAAUUUUACAUUGGGGCCCCCUCAGUGCCACCGAUAUGACUGAUUCUUGUCAAUGCUUGAUUAAUCACACACUAUAAAUCUAACACACCCAAAAUAAAUGGUAUUUGUUGUAGCUGUGUUGCUUACAUCA